UUGUAUAACACGCUGCAUUAACUCUCGCGCUACCGCACGCGUUCUGGGUUUAGCAAACCACGUUAAAUGUCCAGACUUGACCACUGGGAUCAAGAGUGUUCAUAUUAUAAGCGAUCAAUGCGAUGUUACACAACAUAAUAGCCAAGAUCUUGAAACGCCGACAGUUGCGUCUACUCCGGCACUGUUAGCACACAGCAUUCGGGACUUGGUCGUGAUUGACAGGUGCUUGUUUCGUAUGACUGUCAGGUGUGUAUUGCAGUUCGCGCACAGCAUUCGGGACUUGGUCGUGAUUGACAGGUGCUUGUUCCUUUGAUUGUCAAAUGUGUAUUUCAGAGAGACUGCGACAAGGCUUCAAGACAGCUUGUCACUGACUGGGAUAUAUACCGUUUCAAUCACACGACAUUUUUUGUACUAAAUCACGGCAUGGAAAACGUGAAUUUAACGUGAUUCCUUGAGACGAAGAGUAUAUCAAUGACAAAUUACUACACAUGUGUGCCGAAGAAAGACAAUAACGGCAAUAAGGCAUCACACGUGGGAUCUUAACGGGACUCCGAGUGACCUUGAAGCGAGUGAGGUCACCAAACAUUCACAGUAUCUCCGCACAAAGUGACAUCGGACAGCGUGACGCUGGUAACCUUCAUUGCCGCGCCUAGCAGACAAUACAACGCAGCGAUUAAGCACUUGUAACGCUUGUUUAUUCCUCAACGUCAUUCAGUAAUCCUGUGUGUCCAACAACAGAUAACAUUCGGGUGCACAGCGGGUGCCAGGAUACACCUGAAGGACUUGUCCUUUACAGGAGGGCUUUUUCAAUUGUUGAGUGACAGUUGUGGCGCUUUCAGAAAGAAAACAGCCACUGGAUAUCAUAUGACUGUAGUGAUUCCUUUGGUCUCCAUUUGGCUGAUGUGCAUGUGUUCCUGUCAACAUUAAAAGAGUUUUGGAUUCAAGAGUUCAAACAUCAGUGCUUGGUUGGACAUUACACCUGUCCGGAUGAACUGACCAUUGACACGUGACUGAUAGCUGUAGUCACGUGACGUAUGACUGAAGCGGCCAGUGCGAAGGUGGAGGACGCCGUCACUUCGUGCGACAUGACGUCUGGGAGGAUAGCUGCUCGGUUUUCUGUGGAUGAUGGCGAUGAUGACAUACCCCACAUACCCGUAUUGAAGAGCGAGACAGUCAGAAGUCGUAAAGGAAGUCGCGGAGAAAUGGAGACAAAGUCGAAAUGGGAGUCGCUGGUGGAUGUAGCGGGAAGUCUGAACCAAGACACGCGGAAGAUGUUCCGGUAUAUGAAGAAAAAGUUGCGCGCUAAACGACGCGGUGGUGAGACGGAGGUCAAAGCCAUUCAUAUAGUUCCGGACGAUGAUGAGAGUAAGUGGGCGAGAAGGUCCGCCAGCAGCGCGGCAAGCAGGACAUCAACUGACACCGCUUGUUCCAACAGUAGUCGUGAGGAUAGCAGCUUGCAAGUAGUGCACGACAUGGCGGAAGAUGUUAUAGUCGGCUUAGAGUGACGGUGAAUAGGCUGCAGCAACUGCAUGGUGCUACUUUAUAGGACAAAGAGGGUAAAAGGCAAUGAAAUAUUCUACCGCGAUUUAAAUGUGAUCGCUAUGGCAACGACAUACCCUUGACGCAUGCCUGUUAUUUCGACCGGAACUUCAUAGUUCUCCCUGGUGAAGUGGACAAAGGGAGACAACUCUCGCGAUCCUUUUGGUGGUGGUUUUUGAAGACUAAACACAACAGUCGGGGUUCAAACCUGACAAACAUUCACGUUGUGGUAUCCCUUUUUGUCAACUUACGAAUUUUGGAAGUAUUAUUCAGAUAUGUCUAUGUGUCAAUGAGCCCUAAAAGUCCUGACGUUGGGAUGUAAACGUGACCACAGAUGGCGACUGGAGCGAGUGCAUGGCAUUAUUGUAAAUACACAUGUACCUCCAGUUGAUGAAUCAUCACUUCAGAUUAGCAAGAUGAAACUGACGAAAUGUGCUUUCGACGAAGACAACUGUUCCACCAAAAAUAUACAGUAUUACACUGAUAUUGUUAAAAGGUAUUAUUAAUGGA